CAAGCGGGGGCUAACAGGGCUGAGUGGUGCACACCACCCUGCGCACGUGUGGGUCCAUCAAGACCCCACCGAAAUUUUGGAGGAACCUCGAACAAAGCUUUGUAGGGGACCGAUUAACGAAAUCGGCAUCCUCUAACCUUGGAAGUUUCCGCACAUCAACAGCCCACCCGAUCCGCCCCCCUCCCACGUCUCUCGAGACCUAUCCGAUUAUUUUACUUCACAAUGUCGGCCACAACAUCACGAACCGCCGUAGUUGCGACAGCAACCGUCGCCGCCGUGGCGACAGGCCUUCUCGCAUAUGCCGCCUACUUUGACUACCGUCGCCGCAACAGCGCCGAAUUUAGGAGACAAUUGCGCCGCAACCAGCGCCAGCAACAACGCGCGGAAAAGAGCCAGGCCGAGGCCGGCGCCGCCGAACAGCGCCAGUCUAUCAAGGACGCCGUCGACGAGGCCAAGGAGGAGGGCUUCCCGGCCAGCGCGGAGGAGAAGGAGGCAUACUUCCUGGAACAGGUCCAGGCGGGCGAGGUUCUGGGCGCCGACCCUUCUAAGGGUCUUGAAGCUGCGCUCGCCUUCUACAAGGCUCUCAAGGUGUACCCCACUCCCGGAGACCUGAUCAACAUCUACGACAAGACCGUUUCCAAGCCCAUUCUGGACAUUCUUGCCGAGAUGAUCGCAUACGACGGCAGCCUCCGGAUCGGCACCUCGUACACCGGCCCGGCCGGCGGCGGCGUCGACGUUGCGGAACUGAUGCGCGAAAUGGGCGAGAUGGGUGCCGUGCCGGGCGUUGGCCUUGACUAGUCCCCCCCCGCCUGAUCGCCGGCGCCCCGGAGCGUCGAGAGACACACCCCGGCGGAGGUCAACAGAACCUCCCUCGAUUUUACCAAAGUACCAUGGCCUCGACUCACAGGUUCCAGCGCCAUUGGACGAUACGAUAUCAUCCCCCUUUCCCGGGGAGGGGGCAUACUGGCCCGCUGAGCUAAAAGGAGCUAGACAUAGGACCAGGUGUAAGAGUGAAGAUAACUGUAUACAUAAAAAUGCAUUACGGAAGUAGCAAGAGCGCAGGGUUGCUUUUAGCUUAAUGAGAACACUGCACUUAUUACGAA